AUGGCGGGAAAGGGGAGCAAGAAGGACAUCGAAUCCGUCCUCAUGCAGGCCAUGCUGGCCGCCAAGACGGUGCGGGCGCAGCGCGACCGCCUCCUGCAGCUCCAGCAGCGCCUGCAGGACCUCCAGGCCGACGCCACCCCCGCCGUCGUUGAGGCGGACGCGGACGCGGACGCCAAGCUCAGGGAGCUCGCCUCCAACCUCUUCAAGGUCUACUACAUCGGCCUGGAGGCCGGCGCCCGCAUCCUCACGACCUGCGUCCACCUCGCCGCGGAGAAGGGCAUUCGCUUCUCCCCGCCCAACCUGGCUUUCGCAGUCAUGCCGGACGAGCAGCUCCACGACGCGCUGCUCGCGCAGCAGUUCCCGGCCCGCCCCAGGAUCGCGGGCCUCGCCGUGAAGCACAUCGACGUCGCCGUCGCGGUCGCCGUCCUCUCCCGCUUCAUGGACCCCAAGAAGCUCGCCAGCCUCGCCGAGUUCUGCGACGACCACGCCUACAUCUCCGAGGAGGGUUUCUAUGAUUCUAUCUAG